CUCAAUUCCUCCCUAGAACGGUAGACCCUCAUCAAGAUGCUCUUCGCACGUGCCAAUCUCCUGCGCGCCUCCAUGCGAGCUGCCAGCUCCACAGCCCGUCGACCGGCGCAGCAGCUCGCUCGCCGAACCUACGCAUCGGGCCACUCGCACGAGACGAAGAAGUCGAGCGACCUGCCAUGGCUCCUCGGAUCCGUAGGCCUCGGCGGUCCCGCAGCCGUCUACUUGUGGCAACAACGACCGCAGAAGAAAUCGCACGACCACCAUGGCGAUGAACAUCACAGCGCGUCCGAUGCCGAAAAGAAGGAGGCCGAGGCGCCCGCCGAAGAAGCGGAACCUCAACCCGACCGGGACGCCGAACAGAAGACCGAACAGCAGCCUGAGCAGCAGCCCGAGCAGAAGAGCGAGGGGGGAUCCGGCGCCGAGGAGCCGAAGGGAGAGCCGCCUUCGAAUGUGGACCAGCCCGAUAGCCGAAAGGAGCCUGGGGACUCGGCCAGCACGUCGGCGAAGCAGGAAGGUGUUUCCAACAGCACCACUGACAACCCUUUCGUGAAUGAGCCGGGGAAGAGCGUCAAGGGCGAGGGUGAGACGGAGACGGCCAAGGUCAAGGGCACCGUUGCUGCUGAACGGCCUCAGGCUUAGGCUGUAGUCGUGGGAAUUUCGCGUGGUCUAGUACAGUGAGCUUUCAAGAUCUUGACAUGUAAUAUAAA